CACUGUAGACGAUAUACACCUCAUAUAUCAUAUAGGUAUAUAUAUAUUAUAUAUAUUAUAAUAUAAACUCUUAUAUGUUUAUUACGAAUAGGUUAAGUUUUUCCUCAAAUAUUUAUUCCUAGCAAUAACAUCUCCAGCAACAAAUCAAUAACUAAAUUUACUAUCGAUAUCAAGAUGUCGGAAUCAGAUUUACUAACCGCUGACCAAUUGGAUGGAUUCGACGAGUUCGAGAACGGAGACUCCCGCCAGGACGAGGAUUCAAUUUUGCAAACGGAGGAGAACACCAAGGAAGAAGUAACCGAGUCAAGUAUCGAUCCAGAGUUGGAAGCUAUAAAGGCGCGAGUCCGCGAAAUGGAGGAAGAAGCCGAGAAGCUGAAGCAGUUGCAGUCCGAGGUAGACAAACAGAUGAACAUGGGCGCCCUGCCGGGCAUGAUAUCCCUGAACACCUCGAUGGAAGAAAAAAUAGAGAUAGACAAUCGGUCCAUCUACGUGGGGAACGUCGACUACGGAGCCACCGCGGAAGAACUCGAGCAACACUUCCACGGAUGCGGUAGCGUCAACAAAGUAACCAUCCAGUGCAACAAGUACGACGGACAUCCCAAGGGGUUCGCGUACAUCGAGUUUGCAGAGCGCGACGCCGUCGAGACAGCGAUGGCUCUUGAUGAGUCUCUUUUCAGAGGUCGCCAGAUAAAGGUCAUGCCCAAGAGAACGAACAAACCGGGGAUCUCGACGACCAACAGAGGACCCCGAGGAGCCAGAGGUUAUCGCGGAGCUGCUCGAGGACUCAGUCGCGGCAGCGCUUACUUCAGGUCGAGACCGAUGCGGCGACCAACCAGCUAUAGACGCGGAUACUACAUGCCCUACUAAUUGUCCGGUAUUAACCUCGAGGAUAAGUUAUGGGGGGAGCUUAUAAGGAUGAUAUGAAUUUCAUGUGACCAAUAUUUUUAAUUAAUUAAUCAAUUGAUUGAUUACUUGCAGCAGUUUGACUUUUAAUAUAUCAGUUUUUUAAUUCACGAUUAAUAUUGCGAAUAAUAAAUAUUAAACACAGUUUGUAUAAAUUUUUAAAUUACUUGUGUGGCUCAAUAAUAUUUAAUGAUUGUCAUUACUAUUUUUUUUUGUAAAAAUAAAAAUAUGAUAAAUAUUUAGCGGCAUUUAUUGUUAUUGAUUGAAUUUAAGUAAACUUAUCUUUAAGAUUAUUCGACUGGGAGGACUGGAUGUAUUUUUUUAUUCAUUAAAAAUAUUUUUGAGUGACUGAAUCAAGCAUAAUAAAUUUUCGACUAGCGAUUUUAUUUACGAUAGAAUGAUUGUAAAAAAAAUACAUUUAUACGCCCAGACUUUAUUUUUUGGAAAAUUUGGUUACAUGAAAAAGUCAGGAAUUUUUUUUUUAAUUAUCAUUUAAUAAAUAAUAAGUCAUA